AUGUAUUUUCUGAGUGCUGCAGUGUGCGCCGCUGCGGCGUUGACCACUUUGACGUUUGCUGCGCCCGCCCAAUCCACCGGCCAAUAUGCAGGAACAAAAAUCAUCCGCGUCCCCACUGGUAGCCAAGAACAAACAGACAAACUCGCGAACCUGAUCACCACUCUCGGCGUGCCGACCUGGACCUCUGCCCGCGUGCCUCACUCUCACGUCGACGUUCAGGUCUCCAAGGAUCGCCUUGAUAGCUUCCAUAAGGCACUCAAGGAAGUCAGCCCGGAUCUUGACUCUCAGCUUAUUACCAUGCACGACGAUCUUGCGGUUAGCAUUGCCAAGGAAGCUGAAGGCAUGAACAGCCCCUACCGUGAUGCCUUUGCUGGAUUGGCGAACGAGGCAUGGUUCAACAGCUAUCACACCUAUGCGGACCACCUUCAAUUCUUGAAAGACCUCGCCACGACGUUCCCCAACAAUGCCAAGGUCGUCACCAGCGGCACUUCAUACGAAGGCCGUACUAUCACCGGUAUUAACAUUUACGGAAGCUCUGGCUCCGGCACUAAGCCUGCCGUAAUCUUCCACGGUACUGUUCACGCACGGGAGUGGAUUGGCACUUUGGUCACCGAGCAAAUUGCAUACAGCUUACUAUCGAACUACACCACCUCGUCGACGAUCAAAAGCUACGUUGACAAAUACGAUUUCUACAUUUUCCCCAUCGUCAAUCCCGAUGGGUUUGCUUAUACCCAAUCGAGCGACCGUCUCUGGCGUAAGAAUCGCCAACCUCCUCCAUCCGGCUCGACCUGCUACGGUCGUGAUAUUAACCGAAACUGGGCAUGGCAAUGGGGUACCGGCGGAUCAUCCACCAGCCCUUGCGCGGAGGACUACCGAGGUGCAUCUGCCGGGGACUCCCCCGAAUUCAAGGCCCUCUCUGCUUUCCUCAACGCAAGGGCCAACUCGGCUGCUGGUGCCAAGCUCUACAUCGACUUCCACGCUUAUGGACUAUACUUCAUGGGCCCAUAUGGCUACUCUUGCACCGCGAACGCAGCCGACAAGACCGAGCACACCAAGAUGGAACAAGGGUUCGCGGCCGCCUUCAAGGCUCCAUACGGCAAGACCCUCAAGACCGGACCCAUCUGCCAGACGAUCUACCAGGCUUCGGGAAGCAGUGUUGAUUAUGCUUAUGGCUACUCCAAGAUCAAGUACUCGUUUACUCCCGAGUUGCGCGGCGCGUCGUCCGGUAAUGGAUUCGUGCUUCCGCCUGCUGAGAUUAGGCCGUCGGGUAUUGAGGCGUACGAGGGUGUCAAGUAUUUGUUGGCGAAUAUGGUGUAG